GUGAUUAUUCUCUUCGCGUCCUUUUCUGCCAAAAGAAGACAAGACUGUGCUCAGUGAGUCAUGAGUGCUAGAGGAUCAACGACAGCAAGGCGUAAGACCCAGAGGCUGAGUAAAUCAGCUAAAGCCGGCCUAGUGUUCCCCGUUUCUCGUUUAUCCCGAUACCUAAAAAAGGCCUGCUUAAGAAAGAGGAUAGCAGUAGGUGCCCCAGUUUAUUUAGGAGCUGUACUGGAGUAUUUGGCAGCCGAAGUGCUGGAGUUAGCUGGGAACGCAGCAAGGGAUAACAAGAAGAGACUGAUUAACCCGAGGCACUUGUUACUAGCCAUUGCAAAUGAUGUAGAGCUCAACAAGUUGUUGUCAGGAGUCACAAUACGGGAAGGAGGAGUACUGCCUAACAUACACCAGUCUUUACUGAGUUCAAAAAGGAAGGAAAGCAGCAAGAAACCAUCUAUGAAGAAACCAACGUCUGUUUCUAAAAGGAAGAGACCCACACCUGCUGCUCCUAGCAAGAAGGGUAAGGGAAGGGGUCGUAAAUUAUUGUCACUGCCAGGUCCAGAGACCGUUACUCCUGUUACCAAGGGGUCCGGAAAAGGAUACACUACAUUAAGCGAAAAGAUAUUGUCAGGGGGUCAGAAACUGACGGUAGUCCAGGGAGAUAUAUCAACCAUCGCGUGUGAUGCAGUCAUUCAUCCAACUAACGGUAGUCUGUCAUUAUCGGGUCAGUGUGGAUCAGCACUCAGUAAUGCUGGAGGGCCUGCCUUUAGGACACAAGUGAACCAAACCUCAUCUAAAGGUAGUAUUGGUGUCGGUGAUGCUGUUAUCAGUGGAGCAGGCUCACUCCCUUGUGCUCAUGUCAUACAUGUUCAUAGUCCUUCCUGGGGUAGCGAUGAUGCUUUAUCAAAGCUAGAGAAGUCGGUUCAAUCUUGUUUGAAUGUUGCAGAGAAGCAUAAGUUGUCUUCAGUUGGUUUCCCAUCCAUAGCUAGUGGGUCUAACAGCUUUCCUAAGCAGACAUCAGCUCAAAGUAUACUCCGCACUAUUAAAGAUUAUUAUACUGGGACCAGUGGAUCUGUAAAGCAGGUCUUCUUUGUCCUGUAUGACAUGGAGAGUAUUGGGAUAUACACAUCUGAACUAGCAAGACUUGAAAUGUAACUAUUACAGUGCAUAGUGAAGAUUUAUUAAUUGUAGAACUGCUUGUAGUAGUACUGUAUAUUUUUAUAGCUAUUCAAAUUAUAUUUUUAUAUAAUAAUACUUUACUUGAUGGAGUGUGCAGUGUUAUAUAAUUAUAUCAUGUGGUUUUAUUUUUAGUUUGUUUUGUAUUGAAGUGAUCGUUUGGUCAACUGA